GCUACUCUCGGGUGUAGGUACACCCGAGUUUGCAAAACUUUGAAAAAUGUGAUAAAACAAGGUCCAAAAAUUCUGAAAUUUCGAGACAACAAGCUUCAUCAAGUGUUUGAACUUUUCGCAAAAUUUCAGCUAAAAACAACAUCCGAGGAGCUCUUACAAAAAAAACAAAAUCAAUGCUCAAACAGUGCACAAGCAUAGAGCAUUGAAUUUGUUUUUUUUUGCCGAGAGCUCCUCUGAUGUUAUUUUUUUGUGAAUUUUUCGCAGAAAGCUGGAACAUUUGAUGAAGUUUCAUGUCCCCAAAUUUCAGAUUUUUUUGACAUUGUUUGAUCAUGUUUUUUUUUUCCAAACUCGGGUGUAGGUACACCCGAGAGUAGAAAAGCUGGUCUCUGUGUGCAACCAUAAGCUACCUAAUCAAGAAAGAUGAGCAACAGAGCAGUGUUUAAUCAACCGUGAGCUCGAUCCCUUCCUUGUCAUCUCAUCAAGGUCGACCAAUGGCGUUUCUAGGAGGUUCAUUGCGCAUGACGAGGAGCAUCGGCAGCCAGAAGAUGAUGGAGGGGAAGAGCCAUGGCGGGUCAGGGUCGUGGCGUCAGGCACCGGCGCCCGUGAGGCAGCUCUUCUGGAGAGUGAGGCGCACCAUGCUGAGGCCGAAGCGCCGUGCCCUGAGUUUCGGGUACGACCUCAAGAGCUACUCCCAGAACUUCGAUGACGGCCUCGUCACUGCCCACCGCCUCUAGCUAGCCACACCCGCAGGGUCUUCUACUUCUUCUUCUCAAUUUUACUUGCCGCCUGGCCGGACUAUCGCCCGAGGCUGGAGAGUUUGAAGCGUCGUCACCUUGUGAUCUGCUCCUCCUCUAGUUCAGCUAUGAGUGUAUAUUAGACAGUACAGUUCAUACAUAAGUUGCUUACUGUUGAAAGUCUGAAACUGCGAAUGAAAUGACAGCGUAUCAAUGUGCUUUUAUGUACGUAGAC